AUGGCCACAUCAUCCAGCAGCACAUUGCCUAGUGGCUGCGGGGUAUUUACCACCGUGCCAGAUGUCUUCUUCAUUCCAGAGUUUGUGUUUGGAGGCUUGGUGUGGAUCCUAGUGGCCUCCACAAAGGUGUACAUGGAUAACCCUCAAGGCUGGGUGAUGUUUGUGUCUGUCUUCUGUUUUGUCUUCACAACUCUCUGGUUCUUCCUCUUCAUCAGUGGAGUCAACCAAAAGAGCAGUGUAUGGCCAACGCUGGAUGUUGCCUAUCAUGCUAUUGCAGCUUUCUUCUACCUUAGUGCCUCUGUGGCCCUUGCUAAUGUUACCAUCCGAUUACAAAAUGAUUCUUUGAACUUCAAGUCCUACCAAGAGGACAUUGCUGCAGUGGUUUUCUCAUAUGUGGCCACCCUGCUCUACUUUAUCCACACCAUUUUGUCUGCCAUCAGAUGGAAGUCCUUCUAAACAUCUUUCCACAGGAGCAGAUUAAUCGAAUGGUAGAGAUCUGAGAGUCUGAUUGGAAAAUGAGAAACCCGUUACUCCUGUUCUGAGAAAUCUUUGUUCAAAUGGCAAAACCAACUAAAUAGAUUUUUUUUUUUACCAGAAUGAAAACUGGAAAUAAUUUUAUUAAUCAUAAUAUUAAUAUGAAAGAUGCAGUACAGUUAUGGCUAUUU